GAAAUAUUAUCCAGGUUGAAAAAGUAUAUAUAGGGAGUGAAUCAAUACGACUUUCAUUCAUCAUCAUUUCGAUACAAUGACUAUUAUUACAGACGUCGAUUUUACCUCAGGUCAAUCAAUGACUGAACAUUUCAAAGCAUUUGUAAACCUCUGGAACAAUCAAGCAAAGCUUCAUCAAGACAAAGUAUUUGCUCGUUACCUCUCUAAGGACAAAUUGUACAAGACUCUGACUUAUGCACAAGUUGAUCGUAUGGCCACCAAUUUGGCUUGUAAAUGGAAGGAGUACGCAGAGAGCACUGAAGUUAUUGGUUAUAUCAGCGAACAUACCAUCAAUUAUCUUAUUGUCAUGUUGGCUUUACUAAAGCUACGCCGUACUAUGAUGGCUGUAUCCCCUCGCAAUUCCGAAGCUGCUAUUGCUAAUUUGCUAGAGAAAACCAAGACCAAGUUCAUCAUUGCGGAUGUUAGGUACAGCGAUGUUACCCAGGAUGCUAUAAAUCAAGUCGGUGAUGUCAAAUUAGUUAUUGUUGAGCCUCUUGAUAUUGAAACUCUUGCCGAUGAAGCUCUUCCUUCCAACCAUGAGCAAAUCAUUGAUUAUCGAUUCUCUGAUCAAGAUAUCACAAAGGAUGCUCUGAUUAUUCACAGUUCUGGCUCUACUGCUUUCCCUAAGCCAAUUUAUCUUAGCAACCGCUACUUGUUUGAAAUGAUGACUUCCAUCAAUGCCAACGUUGCCACUACAAAAGGAUUAGAUCCUCUUACCCAUGAAGAUGUUAUGCUUUCCUGUGGCCCUCUUUUCCAUCUCUUUGGUACUCUCACUCACUUUAGUAUGGUUGCUGUUGGUGGUAGUGUAGUCUUUAUGGAAAAGCUACCUGCUUCUAACAAGGACAUUGAUUAUGCUCUUAAAAGCAAUAAUGUCACUGCUUUUGGUGCUCCUCCUCUUAUUCUUGAACAGAUGAUUCCUUUUCUCAAAGCGACAAAUGACUUCAGCUCAAUGAGACGUCUUAAAUUUGCUAUUUAUGGUGGUGCUGCUCUUAAGCAAGAGUCUGGUGACUGGCUUCGUAAGGAAGGCAUCAACGUUGUUACUUUGUAUGGAACAACUGAAAUUGGUGUCAUCAUGACAUCUGAUCUUUCACCUCAAAAUUCUGCUUGGAACUCUCUUAGAACGUAUCUCAAAGAUCCUCAGGGCAAUGAUUAUGGCGUGUUUGAAACAAACGAUCCCUCAGAACCUGAUGUGAAGCAUCUCUACUUUCGUGGUGAUAGUCCUAGUUUGGCUACUAAUGUGGGAAAUCGUCCUGAUGGUGGUUAUGAUACCAAUGAUCUCUUCAAGGAAGAUCCUAAUAAUCCUGGUUAUUAUAUCUAUUUGUGUCGUCGCGACGAUACUUUGGUUCUGGAGAACGGCGAAAAGACCAACCCUCUUCCUAUGGAAGCCGUUAUCCGUGAAAGCAAUUUGGUAAAGCAAGUAGCAAUUUUUGGUCAAGGAAGACAAUGUACCGCUGCUUUAAUUGAGCUUGAUACUGAGCAUGCUCUAAACUAUAGUCCUGAUGAGAUUAUUGCUGGUGUUCAUGAAGCUAUCAAGCGAGCUAAUGUUGAAUGUCCUAGCCACAGCCGAGUCCUGCCUCAAAUGGUUAAGAUUUUGCCUUUCAGCAAGUCUUUACCCUCAACUGAUAAAUGCACAGUGAAGCGAAAGGUUGCUCAUGACAUGUUCAAGGAUGAAAUCGAAAAGCUUUAUAGAAACUUCUUAGAAGGACCUUCACGCAAUGCUGACAAAUCCAACUCUGACACUUCUACUUGGACUCUAGAACAAACAGAAGAAUUCUUGUUGACAUCUGCUGCUGAGGUAUUGGAUCUAGACAAGUCUCAAUUAAACGAUUGCUCUCAAUCGCUCUUUGAUCUUGGCCUUAACUCUCUUACCUCGAUUCAGCUUCGUAACAAGAUUGCUGAACGUUUUGAUAAUGUACCUCAAAACUUUUUGUUCCAAAAUCCUAGCAUCAGCUUGAUGCGUGAAGCUCUGUUGAACGACAAAGAACAAGACAUGUCUGAACAAACUGAAAAGCGUUAUCAACAAACACAAGAUUUGACAAUGACUUAUAUUAAGAGAGCCAAGGCUGACUUUUCUGUUGCUCGCAACGAAUACGAUGAAAAGAAAGAAAAGGUUAUUCUCUUGACUGGUGCUACUGGCUCACUUGGCUCUUUUAUGUUGCGUGACUUGUUGAAAGAUACUAGUGUCAAGAAGGUUUACUGUUGUAUCCGUGGCAAAAAGGAGCAGUUACGCCAACGUCUUUUGGAUGCUUUCAAGUCUCGUUCUCUUGAUAUAUCACUCUUGGACACAGAUCGUGUAGAAGUCUUGCCCAUGAAGUUUAGUGAACCUUUUCUUGGUUUUGGACAAGAAAUUUACGACCAACUUAGGAAUGAAGUUACUAUUGUUCAGCAUUGUGCCUGGCUACUGGACUUUAAUAUGCCUGUUGAUCAUUAUGUCAAGGAAUGUAUUGAGCCUUUCUACAAUCUCUUGAAGUUUGCGUACCAUCAAGUCAAUCCUAUGCAUGUACAUUUCAUUUCAAGUGUUUCUGCAAGUGCUGCUGUUGGUGACGAAGUGGCAGAGGAGCCAUUGCCUUUGGACGCUCAUGUUUGUAUGCCAAUGGGUUAUGCUCAAUCUAAAUUUAUCGUUGAAAAGCUCUUUGAUUAUUUGACUACUGAAAAGAAUUUUCCUUGUUACAUUGAACGUGUUGGACAGGUCUGUGGCGACUCUGUGAAUGGUGUUUGGAACAUUACUGAACAAUAUCCCAUGAUGUUUGUUGGUGGUGGCUCUAUUAUGAAAAAGAUGCCCAAAUUAGAUAAUGUGGUUGACUGGAUCAGUGUUGAUUAUGCUGCUGCUACUAUCGUUGAUAUUAUGCUCCGUACUGCUCAUGCUUGCACUCAAGAGAACCAAUAUAUCUAUCACAUUGUGAACCCUCAUCUUAUUAGUUGGAACGAUGUUCUUCAAGCCAUGAAGGCCUCUGGAAUGAAGUUUGACAUUGUUGAACCUGUAGAAUGGAUCCAAACCUUAUCCAAGGACCAAUCGAACCCUUGCUAUCGUCUCAUGUCCUUUUAUGAAGCCAAUUUUACAAGUUUUUUUAAGAUGCCUGUCUGGAAGACUGAGAAGACUAGCGCUUUGGCUCCUACAAUCAAUGAUUCUCCUGUUCUUGAUGCAAACUUAUUCAGCAAAUACUUGUCUCACUGGCAAUCCGUUGGUUUUUAUAACCCUCUCGCAUAAAUAAAAAUCUACAAUUUUUCUUUUAGC